AUGUGGAGGUGGGCGUGGCAGCGGGUGAUGGUGGAGUGUAUGACCCGUCUAGCUCUCCUCGCCAUGCUGUGUGCUCCUGCCCUCACACAGCUGGAUUUAAACAGACUUGAUGGUGACACCGUGUGCCCACCACUGAGGAAUGGACAAGAUGACCUUCCAGGUUUCGACCUGAUCACACAGUUACAGUCGGAUGUGACUCAGUUGAAGGGUGUCAGGAAGGUGAUGGGCUCCACAUCCACUCAGUUGGCGUACAGACUUGACCGCGAGGCCAACUUUCAGAUCCCCACCAGGCCAACGUUCCCCAGAGGCUUCCCAGCAGAGUACUCAUUCAUGACCACGUUCCGCAUGAUCAAGAACACAGUGAACAAAGUGUGGAACUUGUGGCAGGUGGUGGAUGAGGAUGGUGUGAAGCAGGUGGGGAUGCGUCUGAACGGGGACCAUCAGGCCCUCGAGUUCUUCCUCACCACCUUGGAUGGAGACCUGCAGACUGUCACCUUCCCGGGUCUGUCUGUGCUCUUCAACACCAAGUGGCACAAAGUGAUGAUCGGUGUGGAGAGCGAGAUGGUCACGCUGUAUGUGGACUGCCAGCCUGUCGACCAGAGGCCCAUUAAGGAGAAGGGCUACGUCAGCACGGAUGGAGAGACGCUCUUCGGGAGACUGGAUGCUGAUCCCAACAGUUCUGUGGUGUUUGAGGUGCAGUGGAUGCUGAUUCACUGUGACCCAAAGAGAGCUCAGAGAGAGAGCUGCACUGAACUUCCUGUAGCUGAGAUGUAUGCCAAUGCUGAGCCAGACCCCAAACCGAUCCCUGGGCCUGCUGGACCCCCAGGUCCUGCAGGACCUCGGGGACCUGCUGGAGAAGAUGGUCGUGAUGGUAGAGAUGGUAUUCCAGGAACCCCAGGCACUCCUGGUGCAUCUGGCAGUAAAGGGGAAAAGGGUGAGGUUGGUCUGCCAGGACAGAGAGGACUACAAGGACUUCCAGGACCCAGUGGGCCGAUGGGGCCAAUGGGGCCGAUGGGGCCGAGAGGACCGGUGGGAGAAAGAGGUCUUCAGGGGUUCCCAGGCCCAGCUGGACCUCCUGGACCGGAGACCACCGGACCACCUGGGCCUCCAGGCAAAUCUGGUGUCCCAGGAAACGAGGGCAACAUUGGCCCUGAGGGCCCAUCUGGACCCAGAGGAUCCAAUGGACUUCCAGGACCUCCUGGCCCACCCGGCCCCCCCGGGCCACCCGGGACCAGGGUGAAUCCUGAAGGAAGCGGGGACUCUUGUCAGGCUAUGUGCCCUGCUGGACCUCAGGGACUUCCAGGCCUGCCAGGCAUGAAGGGACACAGAGGUCUCCCUGGAGUGGACGGACUGCCAGGUGUCGCAGGUGAAAAGGGAGAUCGAGGAGUGGUAGGAGAACCCGGCCCUCAGGGACGUCCAGGAGAAGAUGGUCAGAGAGGGCCGACAGGUUACCCCGGAGAACAUGGCGAUAAGGGAGAUCGGGGUCCUCCAGGUUUUAACGGCAUUCCUGGACCCACAGGGCCUCCAGGAUCUCCGGGUGUUGAAGGUAUCCGAGGACGUGAUGGACCUCAGGGGCCUAAAGGUGAUGAGGGUGCAGCAGGUCGUCUAGGACCCCAAGGUGCCACUGGUGCCAAAGGAGAGAUUGGUGAUCCAGGUAGAAACGGAUUGGAUGGAGAACCGGGUCUACAUGGAGAAAAGGGAGAACCUGGACUACCUGGGGCUGCUGGACUGAGAGGCGUUGUGGGAAUCCCAGGUUUACCAGGAAAGCAAGGAACUGUGGGACCUGUGGGUCAAAAGGGUGAGACUGGAGCUGAAGGUCCUGGAGGUCGAACUGGUCCUCCUGGCAAACAAGGAGAACCGGGAGCUCCUGGAGCCGACGGGAUCCCUGGAGUUAAAGGAGCCACUGGUGAACCAGGAAAGCUGGGUCCGAUCGGUCCGACAGGACUUCAGGGAAUCCCAGGUGAGAAAGGAGACCCUGGGGUCAUGGGUCCUCGGGGGAUCAAAGGUCACACAGGUCACAAAGGAGAUCAGGGUGCUCUGGGUCCAGUUGGUCCGAAAGGAAGUGAGGGUGCUCCGGGUAUCCCCGGCAGUACAGGAGGUAAAGGUGACCAGGGUCCUCCAGGCAUUUCUGGAAUCAAGGGGGAUCGAGGAGAGAAAGGACAGAGAGGAGCGACUGGUGCUGAUGGACGUCCAGGACAGCCAGGACACGAGGGACGCGCUGGACCUCAGGGAGCACCAGGCCUGGAGGGGAACAGAGGAAUACCGGGACCACCGGGACCUCGAGGAGUUCCUAGUCCCAAACUAAGCGAUGAGAAGGUUCGUCAGAUUUGCUCUGCCGUGGUUGAAGAACAUCUGGAUGCAUAUAAGCGAGAACUGGCGAAGAAACCUCUGCCCAUCGGUGCCCCUGGUACCCCCGGACCUACAGGUCCUCCUGGACCUCCCGGCCCUCCUGGAGCUGCUGGAGGAGUCGGAGCAAUGGGACCUCCAGGCCCUCAGGGGCCUCCAGGCUUCUACGGCUUACCUGGAAAACAAGGACCUAAAGGUGAUGCUGGACCAAAAGGAGACAAAGGAGAUCAUGGUGUUGGAGUCCAAGGACCUCCUGGAGAGCCAGGUGUUCAAGGACCUCCUGGGAAACCUGGCAUCGGUAACGACGGCCAGAAUGGUGCCCGAGGAGAAGCGGGUACUCCGGGUAUCCCAGGCGUCCCAGGUAGCAGAGGAUCUCCAGGUGCCCCGGGCAUGUGUGACCCCUCAGACUGCUUUAGGCCUCAACCCCUUUAUGUAGUGAAUGGGAAAAAACCCAUCAGCUUUAAGGGCCCAUGAACCUGAGAGAAACCUUCAUCCAUCAUCAUCAUCAUCAUCAUCAUCAAUAACAGCUGAGAGAACUAAUCUGAUAAGCUUGAAGAACAUUAUGAUCCACAUUCCUGACAGCAGCAGCACCAUGGAGACUCUUUGACCAGUUCAAUUCUGUGACUU